CUGUGGUGAAGAAUAGGUACCCCCACAAGUUGUGCCGCUUCCUUGGGCGGCUUCCUCCGCCAUGGAGGCCCGCUUUCCCCUGCGCUCUCAUUUGCCCGGCUCCAAGCCACGAGAGGAGCAGAUGGCGCCGCUGGACCCUCUCCUUCAUGACCAGCUGAGCUCGAUGGGUCAGGAGAUUAGCCACAUGCUGCUGCGCGCGGGUCCACCCUUGGACUUUGAGGCGCCGUUCCGCCUGACGGAGGAGAAGGAGUGCAAGAGGCGAAUCAUUCCCGACUUCGAGAAGCCGAAGGCCUCGACUCCACGGGACUUCAAGAUGGAGAAGGCGCACCUUGCCAUGCCAAUGGCUGAAGCUGUUCCUCCCUCCCCCGGAGUGGCGCCCACGAUGUGCAGCCGCUGUCACGUGCUGAACAUGCAGGUGCGUGCAUUGGCGCAGUCCUUGGCCGGGCUCGGGGCAAAGGCCUUCAACUGGUCCAUGGGCCUGAGCAAGUUGCAGCGGAGGGACCUGGCCGAAGCGGUCUUGGAAUAUUGCAGGCCCUGUGCGCACCUGGAUACGACACUGGAGGGCCUUUGCAUUGACCUGGAGAACAUCCAUUGGGGCAAGGUGGCUUCGGUGGGCAACCUGAACCAGCAAGCGCCUCCCGCAGAUUGGAUCUCCCAGGCCAAGCAGGCCCAGACGUCGGAACUGCCGGCGCACAGCCGCCCCAGCGGGCCGGAAGCCGGCGGCACGCCGGGGUCGGCCACCGGGGCCGUGUCUGCGCUGAAGGACCAGGACCAUGACCUCAGCCUCAUCUGUGACCCCGGGUCCACGCCCAGCGUGCGGCCCUCCGUGGCGAGUGCCGCGGGGUCGUUGUCAUUGCCCUUGUCCAAAUCAGAGGUGCCUGAAGCCACUGUGCAACAGCGCUUGCAGGAGAUCCUGGAGCAAGGGCAACAGCAACGCCUUGAUGUUGCCAGCCUACAGGAGCUCCAACGGCUCUUGACCACGGUGGCCUCUGGGCUGUCGCCCAAGGCCACCGAGGCGCUGUCGCCGUCGCCGCUGUCGCCGCGGAGCGAGGCCUCGCUGAAGGAGCGGUCGCUCUUCUGCCCUCAGCAGUCCACGAGCCCAAGCCCGGGCACGCGGCAGAAGCUGCCAGAGCAUCAUGGACCGCCCUUGUUGGUGCCCAGGCAGCAGGACUUGCCGCCACGGCACCCGCCAGCCUUGCAGGGCCCACUGAGCGCGCAUCCGGCCACCGGCCCCCAGAGCCGGAGCCCGCGCAGCGCGACGCCGCCGGAGCGGCCGAGCACGCCGGUGGUGCCACACCGGGCUCUGGGACGCGAGGCCAAACUCUGCUCGGACGUCCUGGGAGGGCCCCGGGGCGAGACGACUUCGCUAGGUGGACCUGUGGAUGAGCGACUGUCCAGUUCAGGUCUGCAGCCCCCUGAUGUGGAGAGACAAAGACUUUCAGGUGUGCCUUCCGAAAUGACAUCUCAGACAUCAUCAGGUCUACAGCCUGCUCUCCUUGAGCAACAGAGACUUUCAGGUGUGCAACAGGAUCUGCCAUCGCAGCGGCUGUCAGGUGCACCGGCACUUGAUGUUGAGCGGCAGCGACUAUCAGGUGUUCCACCUGCAGAAGUUUCGCAGCAGCGUGUGUCAGGUCUGCAGCCCCCUGAUGUGGAGAGACAGAGACUUUCAGGUGUGCCUGCCGAAAUGGCGUCCCAGAGAUUGUCAGGUGCACAGCUGACGGAAGUGGAGCAGAGACUAUCAGGCACCAAGCUGGACGUUCAGAUGGCCUCUGUAGCUGCGGUGGGCGGCAGCUUUGAGAUCUCCCCGGGGGCUGCAAGCACCCAACAUGCGGAGACCACUCCCGGUGGCGGAUCAGGUGAUGACGGCUGGGAGGACGACGACCAAUGGCAGAAGAAGAACACUGGGGGUGAGGUGACCCUUGCAGCUCCACAGAUCCAAGUGAAGGCGCCUCCCGCCAGCGGCAGUGAGGGGACCUCUCCGGCGAAGGUCGAAGACACCACGCGGGUGGUCCGUGGGUCCGAUCCUGCUCCGCAGGUCCAACGUGAGACCUCCGGGCUCAGUGGUGACAAGCCUAAGGCGGCUGCAGCAGCGGCGACCAAGAAGGCGUCCCGGUUCACCUUCAUGGGCAUGAGCCGGAAGAAAUGAUUGACGGUGCAGUGCUGGGGGAGGAAGCCCGUCUUCGCCG